CACUUCCUUAGACAGCGUCUGAAAGCCAGGCUGAGCUCGGGCUGAUCUCAGCACACACCACACACCAACAGACCUCACAGCUGCUUCAGGAGCCGAGAGCAGCCAGAGGGAAGGUCCAGAAGCUGCUUCCAGCCAUGCCACCUCUCAUGCUGGUCCUUCUGGGUGUGCUCAUGGCAGCGCCACCUGCCAGCUGUCAACAAGGCCUGGGGAACCUGCAGCCCUGGAUGCAAGGCCUUAUCGCCAUGGCCGUGUUCCUGGUCCUCGUUGCAAUUGUCUUUGCUGUCAACCGCUUCUGGUGCCAAGAAGAGCCGGAGCCUAUGAACACGGUGGUGACCAUGGGAAACAAGGCAGAUGGGAUCCUAGCAGGAACAGAAGGAAAGUACUCCUCGAUGGCUGCCAGCUUCAGGUCCAAUGAGCAUGAGAACGCCUAUGAGAAUGUUGCCGAGGAGGAGGGCAAGGUCCGGAGCACCCCCAUGUAACCCCCCUUGCCUGUGGCCUGCAGUGUCGAUCCAGGGCACUUGUGAUCAAUGCUACUCCUUCUCUGUGCAAGAAUCUUCAGUAAGGGGCCAACUCCUCCAACUCCACACUACCCUACCCUCACUUGAAUUGUCCCAGCCAAGGUCAGAACUCAAGCUCUGUCUAGGUUGGGGUUCGGCUGUGGCCCUGGGGUCUCCCACCUAAUUCAAUUCAGAAGGCCCUUCUGAAGGAGACAGUCAGAGCAGCACCUCCCAUCCUGCCUCACAUUUCCUCCCCCCAACUGUGGAAAUGGCCCUUAUUUCUGUGAAAUAAAGACGUUUUAUACUUCUGUG